GGGGCCCGUGGGCAGCGGACCCCUCACAUCCCUCAGAGGUGGCCUCCGCUCCCAUAAGCAUGGACGUCUUCUCCACGUCGCAGCUCUACUACACCGCCCCGUCGCCGGACGCCCUCCACCUGGCCGAGGACGACUCGGACGAAGACGAGCACGUGCGGGCACCGGGCGCGCCCCCGCACCAGCCGGGCCACUGCCUCCAGUGGGCCUGCAAGGCCUGCAAGCGCAAGUCUAGCUUCGUGGACCGCCGGCGCGCCGCCACCAUGCGAGAGCGCCGCCGCCUCAAGAAAGUCAACCACGCCUUCGAGGCCCUGCGCCGCUGCACCUCGGCCAACCCCAGCCAACGCCUGCCCAAGGUGGAGAUCCUGCGGAACGCCAUCCAGUACAUCGAGAGUCUCCAGGAGCUCCUCCGGGAGCAGGUGGACCACUACUACAGCGGCUCCGAACCCGCCAGCCCUUUGUCCAGCUGCUCCGACAGCAUGCCGGACAGCAACAGUCCAGUGUGGCAGCAGCUCAACUACAGCAGCGCUUAUUCCUAUGCUAAGAACGAGAGUCUGUCGGACAAGCCGGCGGGUGCGUCCAGCCUGCAGUGCCUUUCCAGCAUCGUGGACCGGCUGUCAAUGCCCCAAUUCGGUCGCCGGGCCAGCCAGGCUGUCCCGUCGCCCACCAACUUGGCCGACACGCAGCCGUGUACGCCGGGUAGCCCCGUCUACCACGUCCUGGAAUUUGGUGUGGUUGGUGUCAAAAAUCUAAGCAAGUGUUACCAACAGGAAUGGUGAAGGGAGGUUCGGGGGGGUGCGUGAGAGGAAUUGGUGAGGGACCAACCGAGUGUACUUAUUUGUUCUUUCCAACCAAAUGUGAGUCAUCACCAACACCCUUGAUGAUUUCAUCAACACAUCCACAGUCGAGAGCAAAUGGCCUUUAAUAGCACGUUUUGUCGGAUUGGGGCGGGGGCUUUGUGUGAAAGGGAAUCACGACUUCAAGGGUGUCACCCUGAGGUGAAAAAAAUAGGCAACCACCAAAUAACAUUGACUUGCUCAAAAACAUACUACAGUACUUGAUGUGGCUUGGACUCAUAGUAUUGCUAAACAGUGGGUGAAAUAGUCACUUUUUUUUUUUUUUUUUUUUUAAAGAAAAAUGACAAAGAGCGACCAAUGACAAUUUGCAAAAAGCAAAUUAUUUCACUUACUUUUCAAAUGACGUGCUAACAGUGCAGCACUCCGCUAAAAGUUGAAACACGUGGAACAACUUAACAAAGUAAUAUCAUGUGUCUAUUUUUUUCUACAUGUUUUCAGCAUUAUUGUAAUGAAUGAAAAUGAAAUUUAUGGUAUAUUGUGACAUUCAUUUGCACUUGAUGGCUUUGUUUGCGGCACUCACCAAUGCAGCAGAGAGACAACGGCAGGCAUAGCAGGCAUUCCAGGUGGCGGCUUGAGGUCCACUGACCUCCCUAACUUUGCAUGCAACACUAAAUGUCACCCAUGACAUUUUUCCAUGAGACGCGUCAUGCUCGGGAAUGGCCAGGCCUGUGUCGAACAAACCAGGAUUAGUAUGACAUGCCGUUUUAGAAAAAUUUGCAUUACCAUUGUAGGUUUUGUUAGGUUUCGUUUAGAUAAUUCAUUCAAUUAAACUAUGUCGAUACCAUGCUGAUCAUAGGCAUAAAAAUGCAAUUCAAAGUGCUUCAACACCUACCUUUUUUAAUAUUUCCAAUACAUCAACAAACCAAUUAUUUGUCUUUCUGAAUUAGCUAUAAUGUUUUAAAUGUAUGUGUAAAUUGGGACUAUUGUAAACUUUUUAAGUCAUGUUUUCUCAAAAGUGCUUUGCUACAGCUUCAACUGUUGUGAAAGCGCGAAAAAAAUAAAGCUGAGUUGAGUCA